AUAGCACAAUCAAGUCAUUCAGUUCAUUAGCAAAUCCUGCGCAGGACGACUGCCUCAACAUGCUGCGGCGACCGUCACAGAUUAUUGUUUUAGCGUCUCUUCUCUACCUGGUUUCGGCAACGAAACCGCACGGCAAGCUCACCAGCUGCCAGGAGUUCACGCACGGGCUCACCUUCAACGACAGCCAGGCCAUCGGCACCUGGCACCUGCUCCACUACCGCACCGAGAAAACCUACGACUCUGGCGACCCGCACUGCGUGGAGUUCUCUCCUGUAAAUGAUCAGGAACGGAAAGAACUAUCGGACCGCAUCGGCAAGUACGUAGAGAACCUGAAAUGGGAGAGCUUGACGCUGAAGAUGCAGGUGCCGUGCUCCGGCAUGAAGUCCAACCGGAGCCGCGACUACUACCUCGAGAAGCUCGACGGCGACGGCUCCUACAGGACUCUACAGAUGCCAUCGCCAACUGCUAAGCUGGACCUGGCCGAGUUUCACCGAUAUCCCAUGAGGCUGAAGAUCGUGGAAGGUCAAUUCCUGGGCAUGAUGGACUGCCACGAGAAGUUCGUAUUCCUGCUGGGGAAGCAGCCCUCUGACGGAACCCGCCUGGACGACCGGCUCAGGAAGAUGAUAGAGAUCUACUGGCCUGAAGAAAAUGACUCCAAAUAAAUAGCUGUAACAUAUACAACCAAUUCCCUGAAAUGUAACAAUGGUUACCUAUAGUAAAUAUUAUGGUCAUCCCUCGCCAUUUAUUAGGGAAAUAAUAUAAUUACUGAUUUUGAUAGUAGGACUAAAUAGCACUUUUUAGCUAAAUAUGUUUAGAGUUUAUUGAUAAGGCGUUCUAAUAGUUCGGUCGGUCGUUAUAAGUUUGAUAACUGCCGUUAGAUUUAGGA